GAGGAACUAUUGACAUCACUGUUCAUGAAGUCCAGGAUGGAGGAACCCUGAAGGAGCUGCACAAGGUCUCUGGAAACAACCUAGGAGGGCAAACUGUGGACAGAAAGUUUAAACAUUUUCUAAGAGAAAUAUUCCCUGAUGGAGUCUGGGAUGAAUUUCAACAAAACUCUCCCAGUUCAGCUCAGAGAAUCAUGUAUGAUUUCACUCGUCUCAAACAAUCAGAUACAGAUAUUCAGAUCAGCCCCCCACACAAACUGGUAUCAUUGGCUGAAAAAAAGUCAGGAAGAGAAAAUUUCAUCAAGUCAGACCUCGGUGCUUCCUGGGAUGGUGAUUACAUCAUAAUAUCACAAAAUAGACUGAGGUCUUUCUUUAAAGAAAGUCUGAAAGGCAUCACCCAGAAUCUGAGAGAAAUCUUUAACUCUGUUCCCAACAUUAAUUACAUUCUGUUAGUGGGGGGGUACGCUCAGAGUAAAAUACUACAGCAGCACAUUAUUGAUCAGUUUGAACAUCAGUGUGAAGUUCUGUGUCCUUUCAGCGCCCAGGAAGCGAUUGUGAGGGGAGCUGUAGAGUUUGGUAGAAACCCACAGGUUGUUAUUUCUCGUAAAAGUUCCUAUACUUAUGGAUUUGCUGUUUGUGAGAAGUUUGAUGAGAGGAAACACAAGGAAGAAAAGAAAUUCACAGCAGGAGGCGUGGAAUACAGUAGACAUAUUUUUAAGAAAUUAGUGGAAGAAGGUGAGGAUGUUGGAUCAGAGGAAACCAGAGAGUUCCUUUGUUCUCCAGCUAAAGCAGAUCAGAGAAACAUGACAAUGAGAUUCUACCGCACAGUUAGAAAAGAUCUAGUUUAUGUAGAUGACUGGGCAGUGAAUGAGGUUGGUUCAUUCAGUGUAGACAUCUCUAGAGGGGGUAAAGUCAGGCUAGAAAUAAAGUUUGGCUCAACAGAGAUAACAGCUACAGGAACCAACAUGAGAAGUGGAGAGAAACAAACAGUCACAAUAGACUUCAUGACCAAAGACAGAGAAUGUGUCAUUGAUGAGGCAGAUGAUGAGGUCACUGAUGGAUUCAGUAUUCCAUCAGAAGAAUUUUUAAUAGAGGGUGAAUAAACACCUUGAGGAACAUGUCACUCCUCCAUGAACCUCAAAUGUGACCAAGAAUUUUAGAAACUGAAUCAAAGUUAAAUCACUUAAAGCAUUUUAAAAUAAAAGUACUUUAAAUCAUGUGGCAUGGGAGCUGGCUCGGAGCUCGUCUGCCUGGCUGUGUGUUUCCUGGACGGGGCCGCCUGUGGAGCUGGUUGACAGUUGCCU